ACGGGACAGUUGCUUUCUUCAUUGUGUAAUCUAAAUAAUUAAUACGAAGUGGUGUUUUGUGGUUAAUGAUCGCAUUAAGUUAGUCGGAAGACAUUCGCGAGUGUUAUUAUAUUGGAGUAUUCAAUGAACAAAGUGUAUCUGCCUAUUUUCGCUUCGUGCCGGGAAGCCGCUUCAUAACUCAAAAGUUUAUGCGGACUUUUGAGUUAAUUCGUUUGGGGUUCGGAGUAGGAGUCUACUCCGAGGGUGGGGGCUUAGGUUUCAUCAUCAUCACCUUUCAUCAUUUCAUUAAUCAUCAAGAAAAAAAAUACGUCAGACAUGGCUGUAUGGGCAUAGUUCCCUUUGCCUUACCCUUCGGGGAAAACCAAAACAAAAAAAAAAAAAAAAUCGAUUUGUGAUUUGAUUUUUCUUUUAAAAAUACCUAGAUUAGUUUUUGUUUUAGUAAAUAGAGCAUAAGUUAUUAUAAUUUCAUAUCCGUGUUAACGUCUAGUUACUUAGGUAUUAAUUUUAGUUGCAUUAAAAUGAGAUUACCUUUUUAACUACUGUAGAGUACUCAGUGAAAGCGCUAUACAGAAACAAAGUUGUUACCUACUUGUUUAUUAAUGACAAAACAAUAUUCAUUUUAUCAGAUAUUUUUAUAAGAAAUUGGUACAUUUAACAGGAUUAUGCCUUGAGGGCACCGACUGUCAUAAUUUGCGGAUUUUCUAAGAAAUUAAUUAUAGUGUGAACAAUGAACAAACCCAAAGAGAAAUUGUUUAUCAUUUUUAUAAUCGUAACAUUGAUAGUAAGUGUAGUCUAUCUGUACUUAAACCACUUGCAAGAAAAUCACAAAAGUGCUUUGUGGUCAGGUGAAAGAUGUUCCUCUGAGUUGAAGUCUGUGAAGUAUCAAUUAAAUGUGGUAACUGAUUACAAAAAUCGUUUGGACAAGUUGCUGACAGAGACACAGAAGACUCAUGAGGCUGACAAGGCACGGUUCAAAGAUGUUAUGGAGAACUGCAUUGCUAUGAAACAACAGUCUUCUAUAUGCCAGAGCCAGUUCGAAGAUCUACAAAGUGAAUGCAAGAAAGUCAAAGAAGAUUAUGAUAAAUUGAUCAAAGAAUCGGAAAAAAUAAAGUCACCUAGAUAGUUGAA